AUGCUCCGUUUCUUGCCAUUCCCAUAUCCUUCAACAACAACUACGGAGCAGUGGCAGAAGCAGAUCAGCGACAUGAUGAACGGUCGCAUUUGGCCCAUCAAGCAUGGCAACUACGCUCUGGCCCAGAACUUAUGUACGGCUCAGAGUCUCCAAGAAUGCAGCCAAUUUCGAAAUCGAGUUGGUUGGAAACUAGCCUUUUUGGAGGACCCUCUUCUGGACGGCAUGAUCGCGGCUCGCUAUAUGAAGGGCCAAGCAGCAAAGAUCCGUCAAGCCGUGAUUCAAGAGGCAAAAGCAACAGCAGACCGCCUCGAACAAGAUCAAGAACGGCUGGCGGCGGCUCGACAGUUAGUCGGACCAAAGGGCGGCUUGCCGGCUUUGAAGGGAGAUCUCCUGAGGCUUGCAACCUUGCUCAAGUUGGACGUCCACGACAAGAUGAAAGUGGACGAGCUCAAGGAAUUGAUCCGCCCAAUGAUCGACACCUUGAAGGGAGCUGGCCAACCAGAAAGCCAUCGACCUGCACCUUCGUCUCAGGUGCGCCCAACUCCCAAGUCUCCUCCAAGAUCGGCUCCAGCGGCAACUCCAAUCUUGCCCAACGUGCAUCAGCUGUUGGCCGAGCAAGAGCGUCGUUUUCAAGCCAUGAUCUCGCAAACCUUGCAGCACAUGAUGUCCAUGGGCGAUGGAUUUCGUUCCCCUGGGGUCGAUGGACUUCGAAACCCCGAGGCUGACCUGCUCUCUCAAGUGAAACUUGAUGCAGAUGAUGUGAAGAAAGGACAAGCCCAGUUGAUCGCUCAGGCUUGGCAGAAACAUCAACGAGAUCAACGCCUUGUUUCCCAUGGGCAUGUCCACGCUGUGCUGAAGGCGGAAUGGGAGAAGGAGAUGGAGAGAAAUCUCAAUGAGAACUUUGUGACCUCGAUCACUUUGUCUCCGGAACCUUCCGACCCCAAGCAGGGUGUCCUGGUCUCCGAAGUCUUCACAGCGGUGCAGCGCAUCAUCAAGGAGGCCAAGAAGAAGGGACAUUCUGUGGGCUCAGCGCUUUCCCUUGAGACAGGCUGGAACUUCUUAAACAGGCUUGAUCAAAAGGCCUGCAAACGAGUCAUAGCCAAGGAGAAGCCAUAUUUGCUAGUGCUUGCCUUUCCAUGUGGACCUUGGUCGGCUUUGAUGAGACUCAACCCUGCCCAUGACCUGGCUCAGAAGCGAGCUGAAGGCAUUCAAUUGAUUCGCUUUGCCUUGGAGUUGGCGGAGGAACAGCUGAAGCAGGGUAGACACUUUUUGUUGGAGAAUCCUUUGACAGCUGAGUCAUGGUCUGUUGAUGAACUGCGGCAGUUUCUCCAACGUCUUGAAUGUCAUCAAGCCAUUUUUGAUCAAUGCAGGUUCAAUUUGCGAGGCAAUUCCGGUCUUCUCCACAAGAAGGCAACCAAGAUCGUCACAAGCUCUGAGGCCAUUGCUAAUCGUUUGGAUGGGAAGCGAUGCACUCGUGAUCAUCCUCAUGAACAAGUUCUUGGUGGCAGCAAGAUCACUUCAGCAGCUGGUCACUACACGAAAGAGCUGGCCCGCGAAAUCAUCAAGGGCAUUGAGGAGGAGUUUGAAAAGCAGUAUGGUGCUCGCCGGAAACCCAACAAUGUGCUGGCCGUUGAGGGCGGUGACCUUGAAGAUGACCUUGACCGUGAGAUAGAUCCUGCGGUCGAAAUGCGUGACCUUCACUGCAGUGAUGAUGAGAUCCAGAUUCCUGAAGCGCAAGUCAGGAUCUCAGCAAAUGUAAAGGAAGCAGUGCGCAAAUUGCACUGCAAUACGGGUCAUAGAUCCAACAAAAGGUUGGCAAGAGCUCUGGCAAUUGCUGGCGCUCCCAAGGAAGCAAUUUUGGCAGCCAAAACCUUGAAGUGUUCGGUGUGCCAAGAACAUCGAGCUCCUAAAGCUCGUCGUCCAGCAACUCUUCCGACUCCCAAGGACACCGGCGAUCAAGUUCACAUCGACAUCUUCCAAGUUGAAGACAUUGCCGAGAACAAGUUCUUUGUGGUCCACGUCAUAGAUGCAGUGAGCCGUUUUCAGAUGGCAGAGCUUCUUCCAGACAAAUCUGCUGACUCUGUGGUUGCUUUCAUGAAGAAACGAUGGAUGCCGAUCUUUGGGCCGGCCAGAGUUUUGGUGGCAGAUCAAGGAAAGGAGUUUGUCGCUUGGAAAUUUGAAGAGAUGGCGGCUCAACAUAGCACCUUGCUGUACCACACUGCAGUGCAGGCGCCCUGGCAGAACGGAGUUUGUGAGAAAGGUGGUGGAAUUUUGAAGGCCAUUCUUUUGGCCCUUGUCAAAAGCCAGUCCUUGGUGGGCAAAGAUGACAUGGAGCUUGCUGUGCAAGAGGCAGUCAUGGCCUACAACGGGGACAUGACAGAUGCUGGUGUGACACCCGCUCAGGCGGCAUUGGGCAGACAGCCCAAGAUGGUGGGAGAUGUCCUUGGAGAUUUUGGCCAAAGACUUGCAGAACAUGGUUUGGUCGAGACACGACCCACCAUUGCACGUCAAGUUGCGAUGCGUGAAGUUGCGAAGCUGGCAAUGCUGCGCUUACAUUUUUCUCGUGGCCUACGCCGUGCUGAAUUGGCAAGGUCCCGAACACCCACGGUUCUUGAAGCCCAGCAGUUCCAGCCCGGCGACAUUGUUUACUACUACCGAAUGAGUAAAUUCAACAACAAGACCAGUGCUUCAAAGAAACGUUUGAGUCUCAAGCGUUGGCACGGACCUGGACUCCUGGUGGCAUUGGAAGGUCAUAGCAAUUGUUUCAUUAGCCACAAGGGCCAGUUGGUGAAAGCAGCAAUGGAGCAUGUCAGACGUGCAUCAACCAUGGAACAGAUCACUUCGGAUGAAUGGGAGCUUGCAAUCCAGGAUGUGGUUGAAGCUGCCGUGAAUGACCAACGACAACAAAUGCCUUUGGAAGUUGAGCCUCCAGUUGAACAAGUUCCAGCUGUUGCUCCUUCUGAAGAACAACCUCAACAAGCAGACGCUGGUGUUUCCAGUGGAGUUCCCUUGCGGCCAAGAGAGCUUGUGGCUGCAGCUCUCUCUCAAGCACCAGCGGCACCCAGUUCCAAUCGAACAAGUUUGAUUGGCAGUUCAGCAGCAAUUGGCAGUGCCGCUCCUGGCACUCCUGUUGGCCAUUUGUUUUCGACUUCAAGCAGAAGAAGCUCUAGAGUUGAAGCAGCCAUGGAUCGCAUUGCGUCUGAUGAAGCAGCUCCUCCAGAAGUUUCUCGAAAGCGAAAUCCUGAUGUUGACCUCCAAACUCUCUAUGAAUCGACACCUCUUCGAGCUGAAGAGCUUCCUAUUCCUGAAGCUAGUGUGGAACAAGCUACCGAGCACGACGCUUUGAACGUGUUCAGGUUGGCCAAUGAUGGACAACAUCCUUUACGGCAGAUUGCUGAGCUUGCAGCAAAGGACCGACUUGAUCCUCUUGAAGCGGUCGCUGAAGACCACGGCAGUUGGGAUGGCAGAUGGCCGUUACCAAGUCGAUCUGAGUGGAUUGCUCAUGGAAAGGCCAAAGCCCUUUGGCCGAAAGGAAACAAUGAAGUUCAAGCAGCGACUGCCCGCAAGGAGUACAAGUGGAAAGAAAUGACCAAUGAGCAGAAGGCCCAGUUUGAGGUUGCAGCUCAAAGUGGAUGGCAAGUUUGGGUGGACAAUGAUGCGGUGGAGCCCUUGACUGAGACGGAAGCGGCAGAAGUGAGAAGCCGGUUGAAAUCCAAGGGUGAGAUGCACAAAAUCUUGCAUCCUCGCUAUGUCUACACGGACAAGCACGAUGGACUUCGAACCCCAUCAAAUCCACUGCCUGUAAAGGCAUCAGCGCGUUUGGUGGUGCCUGGGUAUCAAGAUUUGACUGCCCACAAUGUGAGAAAGGACGCUCCUACGUGCAGCAGGAUCAGUUUUCACCUUUUGCUGAUCUUGACGAGUUCCAAUCUUUGGAAUUUGCUGUCAGCUGACGUCAAGGCGGCUUUCUUGAAGGGCGAGUUGUUUGGUCCAGAAGAACGCGAAUUGUUCAUUGGGCAGAUUCGCUCUAGUUGUCAGGGAGAACCUCAACUUCCCCUUGGACUUGGUCAGCUGGCUCGCCUUCGAAAAGGGAUUUUUGGUUUGUCCGACAGUCCAAGAAGAUGGUACCUUCGACUACACAAGUCGUUGACUGCACUUGGCUGGGAACGAUCUACGAUCGAUGCAGCAACCUGGUUCCUGUGGUCAGCAGACCGCUCUUCGUUGGAUGGCAUGAUUGUGAGUCAUGUUGAUGAUUUGAUGAUGGGCGGGAAUGCCCGUGCGGAGAAGUCCUUGGAAGCGUUGGGUGCUGAGCUUGGAUUUGGCUCACUUGAACGUGGCAGCUUUGUUUACUGCGGUAAACGGGUGACUCAGCAUGCAGACCAUUCAAUCACUUUGGACAUGAAGGAGUACCAUGCGAACUUGCGCCCUGCACCUCUGGCAGCUCACCGCAAGCAGACUCCAGAUGCUCCUUUGACCCUUAGCGAACAGAAGCAGUUGAGAGCUGUUUUAGGUUCUUUGCAAUGGUUAGUGUCCCAAGUUCGAGUUGACCUAGGGUUUAGUCUUUCCACGUUGCAAGGGGAUAAACAAAUAGUUAGUACCCUGAUGAAAGCUAACUCUUUGGUUCGCCAAGCAAAGCAAAACUGUGACUUCGCACUGCGCUACGUCCCUAUGGAUCUGAAGCGUUGCGGCAUACUGGUGGUGAGCGAUUCCUCCUUGGGAAAUGUCACCAAGUCUGGUUCUGCAGAUGGCGAUGUGGUUGAGCGCGUCUUCAGCCAGUCGAGCUACUGCAUAAUGCUGGCGGAUGAGAACUUGAUGAAUGGGCGUCCUGGCAAGUUCAACCUGAUUGAGGCGAGAAGCCAUCGCCUUGGACGGGUGUGCCGUUCGACCUUUGCGGCCGAGUUGCUGGGAACAGAAGAAGGGCUCGAUGCAGGGCAGUACUGCAGAGGAGCCUUUGCCGAACUGAUGGGUUACCCAUUGGAUCGCGAGAUGGCCGAGAAGAGCAUGGAGCAGAUCCCAAUGCAGCUGGUGACUGACGCCAAAGAUAACUAUGACAAGUGCAAUUCUGAUACGCCGACCUAUGGCUCACAGAAGAGCCUGGCAUUCACCAUCGCCUGGAUCAGGCACAUGCUCCGAAAGGACAGCACCAAACUCGUUUGGACGGCCACGGACAACAUGUUUGUGGAUGGAGGGACCAAGUUCAUGAAGCUUGACCACAUGGCGCGGAUCCUUCAAUCGAAUGAGUGGUGCGUGACUUUUUCACCUGGUUUUGUGAAACAGCCGGUCAAGAAACAGACCAAAGCUGUGAGACCAUCCGAUGCUUUGCCCGUAGGACAUCCUGUAAAGACUGAGGAUCCUAUUUUUGGACAUUUAAUUGGUCUCAGUGACCAACCUGGAUGGCAUGACAAAGGUAUGUACAAAGUGCAUGUGGCCAGAAAUGCUAAAUCGUACAGAACGCCAGAACCUAGGUUCCAAGCCAGCAAGUUUCCAAUUAGAAGCACCUAUGCAAAGUUCAUUGAUUCCAAUGGACAUGGUGAAUGGAGACAGUUGGAAAGCCAGAAGCCUUAUACAGGAUUGCCGAAUAGACAUGAGGCGAUCGGCGAUGUGGCUUCCAUUUUGGUGACUGCAUACAUGCCAUGGGUUUCAAGUCAACAAGAAAAUUUAUCCGCUGAAGAAUCCAAUGCUUGCCAUUGA